AAAUAAGAAGGCACCCUACCUUACUAGACUCGUCGCUUCUCCGCCUCUCUCAGUUUUUUUUGACCGAUUUUGAUAUCUGAUAAUAUCUGGCACUAUAACUGCCUAAUGGAGCCAUCGACUGAAUACGUGGCGUUUGAAGAGAAGGUGAAGAAGACGAUUUACAUCGACAACUUAUCCCCUCAGGUUACGAAAGCCGUUUUAGAAAACGCAAUGAAUCAGUUUGGGAAUGUGAAAGACGUUCAGUUCGUUCCCACGUAUUUCGGGUCUUGCGGUGUUUGUGCUGCUCUGGUGGAGAUGGAAUCAGCCAAACAGGGUGAAGAAAUCAUUUGUGAGAUGGGUGAUUCUCCUCUUAUGAUAUCCGGAAUGCCCAGGCCCGUGAGAGCCCGAAAAGCUCAAGGUGAAAUGUUUGAGGACCGGCCCAAGAAACAUCAGAGAACGAUUGUUUGCCGUUGGAUGGAUCCAAGUCAUCAACACUUUGAGCUGGCUAAGAAGAUCAAGGAUCUGACGAAGAAACAUGUUGCUGAGGCUCAAUAUAUAAUGGAGCUACAACUUGAAGAAGAAGAGAAGCUGCAUAAACAGCAAAGCGAGACCCUGAAAACAAACUACAAGAAGUAUGAGCUGAUUGAUGGUGUGCAAGCAGAUGGAAAUGUGAAGCGUUUGAAAGCUGAAUAUGGAAUGACACUCAACGACCACUGAUCUGAUGCUUCUAAUUUUCAUGUCGUAGGAUGAGGUGGACAAGUGGAGUUGCAGCAAUUGCAGACUCUGCUGUCCAGGUAUGGGCGAAGGAUGAGGUGGACAAGUGGCUACAGAAGAUGGAGAGCUGGAAGGUCAGUUUUUCGGACAAGCAGAUCAGAUCUGGAGCGUGUAGAGCAGGGUCAAGCGCAACAGUUCGUUUUCAAAUGGUGUAAGUUUUCUAUCUCGAAGGUCAAUUAUUUUGUUCUAAAAACUAAAUAAUCUUUGUCGCUUGUUGGUUUAUUCUUUCGUUAUAGUUGUUGAAAUGUUCGAAUUGUGUGUUCUAGACGAUAAAUAAUCCACAUUUAGGUU